AAUCGAUAGGCCAGUGGCGGACGCGCCGGGCUGGCAUGGUGCUGCGGCACAGACUACCGUCCAGGCGCGGCAGUGUCAUCUAGAGUGGGUGGCCGGCGACAGGCCAGGCGUGCCGUCGUGAAGGACGCGGUGCGACCAUGGCGGCGGGCCCGCUGCUUCUGGCCGCCACGCUGGCGGUGUUGACGGCGCCGGCCGCCAGCGACGCCUACAGGAAAGUGUACCUGGACGACCCGAGCAGCUGCAACAGGACGAUUCGGCUGCAGGCCGGCAUGUCGGCCGCGCUGGUGCGCCUGUCGCCCACACAGCUGUUCCGGCCACUCACCUGCUACGUGCGCAUCGAGGUCGGCGACGCCGGCAUCGCGGGAUUGACGGCGGCCAUCCAGGAGCUGAGCAUCGGAAAGUUUGACGACACCAGCAACUGCACCAGCUACCUGCAGGUGUCCACCUUCGACCGCUCGCACCGGUACAGGGAGCGGCUGUGCGGCGAGUGGCACCCCUCCGUGCACCACCUGGAGGUGCGCAGGAGCCUGUUCGGCGCCUGCGACCCCUCGCUCGCCAGCAAGCACGGGCAUGACUGCGCAGCGCGCCGGAUUGACCUACUUGCGCACGUGCCAGGAGGAGGCAUCGACCUGGUGGCGUGGCCCCCGGCCUUCACCGUUGUCGUGACGGCCUACUUCAAUGAACAGCUGUUCGGCGGCUGCGGCUCCGGCCGCUUCCUCUGCGUGAACGGCGAGCCGGUGGGUCAGCGUGAGCGCUGCAUCAGCCAGAGCCUGGUCUGCGACGGCCACCCCAACUGCGGCUUCAUCAACAACGAGGACGAGUACAGCACCACGUGCGGCGUGCGGCCGGGGCCCAUCUCAGAAUCGGACCACUUCUUCGCCACAUGGGCGGGAUUCGCCGUGAUCGUGCUGCUGCUGGUGGUGGCCGUCAGCUACUUCAUCCGCUCCGUGCGCUGGACGACGGGCCGCGAGGCGGCCGAGCCGGGCGGCCGGGCCCGGCCGGCGCGCGAGCCGGCGCCGCCGCGGCCCGGCGCGCCCGAGCCGCCCCCAUACGAAGCGCUGUACCCGCACGGCCCGCCGGCCGGCCUCCUCGAGAAGAAACGCGAGCGCGCUGGCGAGGAGGCGCCACGACCGCCCGGCUCCGCGGCACGCCGGCCGCCAGUGGAGGACCACUGUGGCGCCUGA